GCAUCGACUGUCAACGGUGGAGAGACAUGCGCCAUGGAGACGGAGGACAUUUUUAAGGGUUUUGCAGAUGGCAGCAAGGAAGGGAAUUCGGCAGGAGGGAACAACGCAGACUGUGUAGAGGUGCUUGCGACAAUAUGUGAACAGACUGCAGAGAUGAUGGGUGAUGGUGGUGAAACAGAGAAUGAUGCAGGAGGGAGCACUUGUGAGACGAAAACGGCUGGGGAAGAGAGAGAGGAGGGAGGUCUGGGAAGCAGGGAAUCUCUGACAGGGUGUAUUGUGAAAGAUGAAAAUGUGGUGAAGACAUCAUCAGGAGAAGAGUACCCAUAUGACAUCAAUUGGGUGCCGGGUCGUGUUCAACCGGGUAUUGUUGGAGGAGCACCCUGCUUUGCGUUCAAAGUCGAAGGGACAUGGGUUCCAUUUCCUGCCCUCAAAAAGAAUACAUGGCGAAACCUGACUCUUGCAAUCGUGUUUGUCAGACUAUUAAGGUUGAACGACGGGGCAACAACAGAGGUAAAAGCACGAUAUGCAAUGGACGUGUGGCGUCAUCUGGGGUCGCAGGGCGAGUUCAGGCUGAACGAUUUUUUGUACGACAGUUUUGAUUGCGGGAAGACAUGGGUGAUUGGCGGGAACGACGCAACAGGGAGUACGGCGUGCGACGAGAGCGAUGCGAGGAGGGAUCCUAGGUGGGGUUGGGUGUCAUGUGUGAUCCCGAUUCCAUGUGGCCGUGUGAGGAUAAUGAUGCGUGAUGCCAUGGGAAAUGUCUGGAGCACGCAUUAUGUGAAUGGCAACUUCUCCUUCAGGCACCUCGACAGGAAGGUCUCAGAAGACGAGAAGAAGGUAAUGGCAUGUAAUACCCACACUGCUGGCUGCUUUUUCCCGCCGCUUCGGAACCCUGUGGACUCGGAGGUGGUUGAAGAGAAAGUUUUCACUGGUGAGGAUGGCAGCACAUACACGCAUGCAAGAGGGCAGGAAGCCACGUACGAUGGAGUAUGCUCGCAGAUAUGGGACCAUGUCACAAUGAGGAGUGACGUUCUGUCUGCCAUGAACAUUGGGGCCCAAGUCAUCCCUGAAGGACAGUUGCAGCAGCAUAUGGCCUCUGGAAAGUAUGACUAUCGUGUGAAUUGGGUCCCAGGAUGUUUGCAUCCUGCAGUGGUUGAUGGCAAGGUGACGAUGGCAGCAAACAAUCAGGGCAUUUGCUCCCAUUGGGAUGGAUGCAUGCAGGCAUUGUGGAGCAUUGGCAGUUCCUCGUGGUUCUGGCACGUGCCGUUCUUGCGUCGCAUGCGCGAGGUUGUGGAGCGGGACAUUGCUCCGGGUAUGGGCGUGAGGUUUCAGAUGACGGCGGUGCGUGCUUUGAUGGAGGCUGCCGAGGCGUACCUGGUCGCCAAUUUCGAGAACACCAAUGAGGUGGCCAUCCACUUGAAGAGGGUGACGAUCCAGAGAGAAGAGGACGAAAGACAAACUGUACGCAUCAUGUCAAUGUCAGUAGCACAGGUGGAGGCUGCUCUUGCAGAGGUAAUGAAGUAUGCAAAGGAGGGCGUCUACUACAACGAUGACAGCGAGUUGUCUUUGCUUCAGGACAGGGUGCUGAGGUACUUCAUAAUCGCUGUGGAUAUGAGAUCUACAAUCAUGGCAAACGGCGAGGGCUGUGUCAAAGCACGAACACUCUUGCAAUGCUUCAGAGAGUCACCACAUGUACGUAUGGACAAUGAUGUGGAAGACACUGCAUACAGUCUAAGAGGAGUGGUCCAGUGGAUCUGCAGCGAAGGGAUGUGCGAAGAAGGAGACGUAAACAUGACAAUGCAACAGACAGGGGGGACAUAUACACCUGCAAACUUGAGCAAGUUGCUGGGCACUGUCGCACGGAAUGGGGGAAAGCUGGUUGAUGGGUCGAAGGAGGAGUUGAAGAGUGGUGCUGCAGAAAUAUUGGUGUUGUCCAGAAUGAAGGACAUUACACAAACACCGCCAGAAGACUUUCAAGAUGUUUCUGUCAUUGUCGUAGAUGGUGUGGAAUAUAUUCUGCUUGAUCAACUUGUGGACUUCAUGAAAAAGAGUGACGACGAUAGGAACGUCAUCCAUGAGGCGUUGCACGAAGUGACAGAGUUUGCACUGCAGGGUCAAGAUCUGAUAAAAUUUGUGCCAGCAAUAACAGAAGACAACAUCAUAUCAGGCAGACCGUUGUGGGGGGAGUUGUUAUCAGUUGCUUUGGAGCGGCUCGGUCUUGCAAGCUGCGAUGUUGAGAGACAAAGAGAAAGAGAAGAAGGGUGGAAGGUGAUGGCCACGGAAACAAAUUUAGCAAUCAUUUCAGACAAUGGACAGACAUCAGCAGCACAAGAAUCAAUAACGAGUAUGGCAGUCGAUGUGCCUCUCAUGUAGACAACAACGAGAGAGCAGUUAGUGUGUUGCGAUAUCUUCAAUGCUUUCACAAUGGAGAAAGAACAAUGUGAUCGUGGAUUUGAAGAGACCGAUUUACCAAGUUGUUGUGCAGAGUACACAGACAGUGCAAAAGAAGAAGAUGAAGAAGAGGAUGAGGGGGCAUCAUCUUCUGACGUGGAAGUGAGCGGCAACGAUGUUAGCAGCAACGAGGAAGACGAGGAAAAUGAUGUAUACUAUGAUUUGAAGGGUGCGGGUGGACAAGUAAGAAAAGGGUGGGCAUGUGCAAUUCUGAGGUUGACACGUGUUUUUCCCGAUCCGCACAAAGUGCUGCGUGUUGUGAUGAAGGGGGCAACACCAGAUGAUGCACUACAGUAUACCGCAGUGACCAGCAUAAUGAAAUCAUGCAACAAGU